GGGAGGGGUUUACAACUACAUCCGGGUAAUAGUGUUGACCUUGGUUGGUUGAUGUCAUGGCGGCCAUCAUCAGGUUGAGCUCUGUCUGUCGCAGAGGAAUAAAACCUCUGAUCUAUCAAAGCUCAGUGUUGGCUCGACCUCUGGCUGUUCCUUCUCGACACCAGGAGCAGCCGUAUCUGCUGACGGCCAGGAUUCACUCAUCACAGGCACUUAAUGCUGCAGCUGGGUCCAAAGCUGCUUCUCUGCACUGGACAGCAGAGCGAGUCCUCAGCAUCUUGCUGCUGGCCAUGGCCCCUGUCGCCUACUUUGACCCAUGCCCUGCCGUGGACUACUCCCUGGCAGCAGCCCUCACCCUGCACGGACACUGGGGUAUCGGGCAGGUGCUGACAGACUAUGUUCACGGGGAAACGAAGAUCAAGAUGGCCAAUGCAGGUCUCUUUCUUCUGUCCACGGUCACGUUCGCCGGCCUCUGCUACUUCAACUACAACGAUGUAGGCAUCUGCAAAGCCGUAGCUCUGCUUUGGAGCAAGUGAACUUUGGACAGCAAGAGUCGAUCUUUUCGCAGGGCGGAUCAUACAGUCGGAGCUGUUCUCUGUAAAUUUUCUAUAAAUAUAUCAGUUGCCAAUAUCUGAUUGAUUCAUGAGCAGAACUGUAAUCACGUCGGUUUAUGUUCAAACUCAACUGUUCAACAGAUACCAUAUGGACCUCAACCUGUCUCUCUUCACCCCACAUGUGCUACAAGUCUCUCAGCGUUUCUUCUUGAAUGAUGUUUUUCAGGACAGGGCUUUUCUUUCAAGGCUGUGUUUCUCUGUCUUGUCUGUUCCUCCACUCCAGAGUAAGUCUUAUCUUGACAUUCAGGGCGUCCUGCUUGGAUCAUGAACCAUAAAGAGUUCAGGGCAGCAUCAAAGUGCCAAGCGGUUUUGUUUUAUGUCCUGGUUUCAAACCUCCGACUUCAGUUUGUUCAAGGUUUUCAAAAUUCCAACCCCAGACCGGACCAUGUUUCUGUGAGAAGCGUUUGAAGCCUGCUUGUGGCAUUUUCAUGCCAUAUGUUGGCUCAAAGGAUCCAUCAUGGAAGCUUCUACUUUCAGACUGAAGCUUCAGCUGGAGAAAACUAGGGUGUCUGUGAUUCCGAAGGUUCUAGAAGAUGCCAGGGGGAAGAUGCCGUCCUCAGCCUGCUAAUCCAAAUAGUGCGUCCCACUCAGUCCUUCUGCUCUUCCUGUUUGAACGGCUUCUUUUAUCGUGAAUGGUGUAAACAAGCGAGAUAAACAUGCAUGUGUUAAUAAAGUUGGACAGUAAACUAUU